AUGGCAAAGGCUCGAAAGAUCGCCGUCUUUGGCUCCCGUUCAGUAGGAAAAUCCUCAUUGACGGUGCAAUAUGUGGAGAAUCACUUUGUUGAGAGUUAUUAUCCUACCAUUGAAAACCAGUUUCAGAAGAAGGUCGUUAUCAAAGGACAAGAGUACUUGAUAGAAAUUUUAGAUACAGCUGGUCAGGAUGAAUUUUCUUUAAUGAAUCAAAAGUAUCUCAUUGGAGUGCAUGGAUACUUGCUGGUCUAUUCAAUAACAUCUCGGUCUUCGUUUGAUUUGCUGAAAAUUAUGAGAGAUAAAAUCUUGGACUCUGUGGGAACAGAAGAAAUUCCAUUGGUUGUAGUUGGAAACAAAUCUGAUCUUUAUUCACAGCGUCAAGUUACAAUAGAAGAAGGCCAGAAUCUGGCUAAGGAAUUUAACUGUUCUUUCGUAGAAUGUUCGGCUAGAUUGAACGAGAACGUUGAUGAAUGUUUUCAGCGGUUGAUUCAAGGCAUUGAGAGCACGGAGGACUCCAAGAGUUCUACAGAAGGUGGAGAAAGUUGUGUUAUCAUGUAA